UAACAAAAUUCUAUUAAUUAAUUGUUUUCCAUUAAUUCUCUCCUAAUCUCUCUUUCUUCUCCAUUCGUCCGCCUCUAAUAUUUUCUUUGGUUUAACCGCACGUCGUCAUCUGAGUUCCGGCGUUUUCAGGGAAAUAAGUACCAAAAGGCGCCGCACCCCACCACCUCCAAACCCAGCUCUCUCUCUCACAUCUGUAGAACCAAAUACUCAACUGCUACAUAUGAAGGGAAACAGUGCAAAAAGGUUUCCAGUGGGAAUUGAUCUUGCAGAUGGCACGGGUACAGCUUAUUAGGAGGUGAAGAAAGAUUUGAGUGCCUUGUCAAAGGAUGAGCAAAUGGAUGUUUUAUAUAAUUCUGCACCAGAAUUAGUUGGGUUGUUGUCAGAGCUAUAUGAUGCACAUGAAGAGCUUGAAGGAAAAGUGAAUCCACUUCUGGGCAAGGUUAAAAAAGGGGAGGCCAUGUUGGAAGGAGGGAUGCGCUAUUUAGAAGUUAAUCAGCUUCUUCUGCUUUCUUACUGCCAAGCAAUAACAUUCUACCUUCUUCUCAAGUCUGAAGGACAACCAGUUUGUGACCAUCUGGUACUUGCUCGCCUCAUAGAGAUCAAGAUUUUGUUGGAUAAGAUGAAGCAACUUGAUGGCAAUCUACCAUCUGAUUUUGAGGAAAUUUUAAACAAAUAUAAUUGGGUGGCAGCAGUGGCAAACUCAGGUAAAGAGACUUCGAUUGACGCAUCUGAUUCUUUUUCUAAAGAAUAUGGACCCCAACCUGCCUUGGUUGAGGGAGAAGCAGCAGCUGUGUUGCAUGACAUUGCUAAGGUAGAAAUAGCGGAGUCUCUGAAGAAUAAUGAAAACCAGGUGGGAAAACGCAAAUUUCAGAAUGAUGAGGUUGGUGUAGAGAGCAUGAAAAUUUUGAAAGUAAGAGCUGCCCUUGAGGAAAAGUUGAAGGAGAAAGGUGUCUUCAGUUCCAUUGCUCCGAAAAUUGAUAAACCCAGGAAACUUCUGAAGCCAUUGAAUGGGAAGCUUGACUCAUAUGAUGAUUUUGAUGAUGACACUGUAAAUAUUGAGGGUGGCGUCCAUGGAUUGAACAACGGCCGUGCAAGUAAACUCUCCCAACUUGCUGCUAAUCCGAUUAAGUCGAAGAUGGAGAAGAACAGGGGGGGGACUUACUCGUGCACACAAGAAGCUGAUCAAGAAUCCAAGAAAGAAGUAUAUGUUGAAGCACCAGAAGGCAGUGAAGAAUAGAAAAGGACAGGUGCGGGAGGUGAGGAAGCCCUUAGGUCCGUAUGGUGGAGAGGCCACUGGAAUCAAUGCCGGAAUCAGUCGGAGCACCAGGUUCAAGAACUAAAUGUUGCUCUUGAUUUCGUCGUUGUGUCCCAAUUUUGAUAGUGAGAAUUUUUUUGUUUAAGCGAGAUAAUUUUGUGAUUAAAUUAAAUGACGUAGCGAAAUGUACUUGUACACAAUGCCUGCAUUAUAUAAGAAGUUCGUUUGGCAUUGCAUGAAGGCGCAAGGAGGGAAAAGGUGAGGAGCGAACCUGCACCAAGGUGCAUGCCUCAAUUUUAUUUAA